CUAUUGGCUUGGAUUUUGAUUUUCUUUUGUUUUGUUAAUUCCCACAGAUCUUGGUAAUCCCAAAAACACAUAAUCUAGAGAAACCUAUACAUUGUCUACAAUUUAAUUUCUUGUAUCUCUGUCGAAUUAAAACUCGUUUUGGUUGGAUCCCAAAAGAAAUCUUGUCUCACAAGGAACCUCUUUAUGAGCAGAUUGAUCAAAAACAUGUAAAGAGAGAGAGAAAAAAGGUUGAAUAGAAAUGGAAAAAGUCCAGGAACAAGCAGAUUUGAUCGGAAAGAGGUUUUCUCCGUUUGCAGCUUCACAGCCAACAAAUGUCAUCGGAGGAUUAACUGAUCAGAAAACCACCGGCGAUCCCCAGACGACACAGCCUCCAGCUCCUUCUCCUCCAUCCCCACAGGGUGCCGGUGACGGCUCACAAUCAUCUCCGCCUCCGAUAACUGCUGCUCCACCACCGCCUAAUACAACUCCACCUCCCUCUUCCCCUCCUCCUUCUGUAACUCCACCUCCUUCACCUCCUCCGCCUCAACCCACCCAAACAGGAGAUUCUCCGGUGGCUGUUCCUUUGCCAAAGCCUCAAUCUCCUCCUCCCACCUUAGUUGCUCAGCAACCGGAGACAAGACCUAAUGAUGGUGGACAACAGCAACCCAUCCCUAUUUCUCCUCCGUCUCUCCUUUUUACUCCCUUUACGCCGCCGUCUGUCGAAGAUUUUGGUAGCCAAGGGUCUCCUCCAUUGUCAUCACUAUUGCCUCCGGUGAUACCCCUAAACCCUUUACAGCCGUUGGAUUCACCUUUGGCAGGAGGAUCGAAUAGUGUACCCUCGUCGUCUUCUUCCCCGUCCCCUCCUUCCCUCUCCGGCUCUAAUAGCGAUAAUGCUAAUAGUAACGGAAAUGGUGGUAAUGAAUCUAACUACACCGAGAAGACGAUGGUCGGUAUUGGGAUUACAGGUGUGUUGGUCAUUGUAUUCGUUGCUGCCAUUUUCUUCAUUAGGAGGAAACAAAGGAAAGGUUCUUCUUCGCCACGCUCUAACCAGUAUUUGCCACCGGCUAAUGUCUCUGUAAAUACAGAGGGAUUCAUUCAGUACGGGCAUAAACCCGGAAAUGGGAAUAGCUCGGCGCAAAACUCAUCACCAGAUACUAACAGUCUCGGGAACCCAAAACCCGGUAAAGCAACUCCUGACUCGACAGUAUUAGGGACUUCAAAAAUCCUUUUCACCUUUGAAGAGCUAAGCCAGAUAACGGAAGGAUUUUGCAAGAGAUUUGUGGUAGGAGAAGGCGGGUUCGGGUGCGUCUACAAGGGCAUCCUUUUUGAGGGAAAGCCAGUGGCGAUCAAACAGCUAAAGUCGGUAAGCCCAGAAGGAUAUAGGGAGUUCAAAGCAGAAGUAGAGAUCAUAAGCAGGGUGCAUCAUAGGCAUUUGGUGUCUCUUGUUGGUUAUUGCAUCUCUGAACAACAUAGAUUCCUCAUCUAUGAGUUUGUCCCCAACAAUACUUUGGAUUACCAUUUACAUUGCAAAGAUUUGCCGGUUCUGGAAUGGAGUAGAAGAGUCAGGAUUGCAAUAGGUGCAGCCAAAGGACUUGCUUAUCUACAUGAAGAUUGUCACCCGAAGAUAAUCCAUAGGGACAUCAAAUCGUCAAACAUUCUGUUGGAUGAUGAAUUCGAAGCUCAGGUUGCCGAUUUCGGACUGGCCAGACUGAACGAUACUGCACAGUCCCACAUAUCAACGCGUGUCAUGGGCACAUUUGGGUAUUUAGCUCCAGAAUAUGCUUCAAGUGGAAAGCUAACUGAUCGAUCAGAUGUGUUUUCAUUUGGAGUUGUGCUGCUCGAACUCAUAACUGGUCGCAAGCCUGUUGAUACCUCUCAACCUUUGGGUGAAGAGAGUCUCGUUGAAUGGGCACGUCCAAGAUUAAUCGAGGCCAUUGAAAAAGGUGACAUCAGCGAAGUAGUGGAUCCACGGCUGGAGAUGCAAUAUUUUGAAGGUGAAGUCUAUAGAAUGAUCGAAACGGCAGCAUCUUGCGUUAGGCAUUCUGCUCUAAAACGACCUCGUAUGGUUCAGGUUGUAAGAGCUCUGGACACGAGAGAAGACCUGUCGGAUCUGACAAACGGGGUUAAAGUCGGUCAAAGUACGGUCUACAACUCGGGUCAAUACAGCAAUGAGAUUCGAAUUUUCAGACGAGCCUCUGAAGACUCCUCGGAUCUUGGUAAUACUAACUCUGGCUACUACCCAAGCCAAGACUAUGCCACUAGCCAUGAAUCUGAGAGCCGAGCCAUCAACACAACUCACCGGAACCGUUGAAUCACGGAAGUUGUUGUGUUUUGUUU